UCAAUGUGUCACUUUGUGUCGAGUGAAUACCAAAGAGCAUUGGAGAAUAGUGAAUACAUACACAACUUGUUGAUAACUUUGUGUAACUAGUAACUAAUACUAAGAAAUUUAAAAAAAUCUCCUCCCUCCUUUAUUCACCAGUGCAAGUAUUGAUUUUUCGUCUAGGUGUGACGACGUGGUUUAUUUAUCUAUCUAUUAUAAAACGGCCUGAUUCGAGAAAAGCUCACGCUUCUUGUGUUAUAUAGAAGACACGAUGGAAAAAGGCUGGAAUCCUCCUCCGUAUGGCUGGGGUAACGCGCAUACGACGCAGCCACCACCAGCUGCUCCUCCCAGCUACUCACAAGCUGUAGGCGGUGUGGGUCCUUCGAGCCCUUACACUCCUCAGUAUCCUCCAUCCUCUGGGCCUUCGAUAGUGACGACGGUGGUGCCAGUCGGUCCUCAUCCCACCCACAUGAUCUGCCCCAGCUGCCAUGCUGAGAUAGAUACAGCCACGCAGACUAAACCAGGCCUAAUUGCUUACAUUUCUGGCGCCAUCAUUUGUCUUGUCGGUUGCUUCUUCGGAUGCUGCCUUAUCCCAUGCUGCAUUGACAGCUGCAUGGAUGUUCAUCACAAAUGCCCCAACUGUGGAGCUUACCUUGGCCGCUACCGACGAUAAACAUCACAACUUGAUCGACGAAAAUAACUACGUAAUUGGAAAACGAAACAUUUGAAGAUCUGCAUGGGAAAUCUCCAUUGACUUACACCCUGCCUAUCUUGAUUUAGCUUUUACAAAAAACAAUAAUUUACGAUCUAAAAUAAUCUCAUAUGGAUUAUUGUCUCGAAUGAAAGAAAUCUCAUAAAAUCCCUUUUGUGUUAGAUAGUUGCAUUACUUAUUUUAAGUAACAGUAAUUUAUUAUUGUCCCUAGUCAAAGGGUUUGCAUGGCAGCCAUAGUAGGUGUCAAUUAAUAUUAGUUGGGGUGUCCAGUAGUUCUACCGAACUCUUCGUACAGCCCUUCUUGGCUCGAGAGCCAAGUCACGCGAGCGCAACUAGCGAUUGUGACGAGUGGUUAAAAUCUAAAUGUCCGUCAUAUUGAGGUAAGGUUAUGUUACUGCCUUCUACUUUGUUAGAAUGGUAGUAACCUAAUGUUACAAAAAGAUUGUUCAGAUGGCAGUCUAGAGACAAAUCAGCUAACUUGGAGGAAGAUUACUUUUAUUAUUAUUUUGAUUGCUUAACAUGUCUUUAUUGUUAUUGUAUAAUUGUUUUCAUAUACAUACACAGUACAAUUUAUUACAAAUGCAAGUAACUUGUUGACUUAUUUAAUGAGAUAAUUUAUGAGUUGAUUUGUUUUUACGUGUUUUUAAUAUGUAAGAGUAAGCCAUAGCCCGCGUUUAUGUAUUAAGCAGAGUUUUAUUCAGUGCCAAAAUGUCUUCCUCAUGGCCUGACACCUUUUCGUUUGUAUCACAUGUUACACGAUUUUGAUAAAUAUUCAAAAUAUUUAGUGUUUAGAAUACCACAUGAUACGUAUUAUUGUAUGUAUGGUAUGGUAUGUGUAGGAUAGUAACUACAGGAAUGGUUUGUUUCAUAAUGUCUGAUUAUGUUAGUCUGACAGAUAAUUUGACCUAUUUUUCAACAUAUCAGUCAAGCUUACAAAAAUUUAAUAAGACAUUGUGCAACAGGCCUUAUAUAUUUCUAUUGACGUCACUGCAUAGCAUCACAAUUUGAAACCCAAAAAAUCAGGCUUUAUGUGUUUAUGUCGUAUAAAUCCAUAGUAGCCCCUAUAGAUAUUUCUAAAUAUGUAAUAGAAUAUAAACUAAAUGUUGUAUGGAAGCUACUUAAAUGUGUUGGAUGUUAUUUCACAGUAUUAAACAUGUGUUUUGUUUCCCUCCACACAUAUUAUAUUUCUCACUUGUGUUAGUCUAACUAACAGCUUAGUUUUAUAAAAAAAGGUUUAUGUAUGAUCGUUAUAAUCUACUUUCCAGUUAAUACUCUAAUGUUACGUUGAUAUCUAUGAUAGAAUUUCACAGCAUAUUAGGUGUACAUCCUUUUACAUACAGUCCCUGGCCACAUUAUUAGACGCACUCUUGUAUUUUGUUCAAUUUGUACUUUUACAUUUAAACAAUGAGUGUUAUACAUAUUUAUUCAUACACAUAUAGGAUAAAUAUUGUAUUUGUAUAAAAUUAUACCUCUAUACAUCUUAAAAAAUCGAAAACUUGGUUUCAACGCGCUUAUUCCCGAAAGACUGGUUUCAGUUGAAAAAUAUUUUCGUCGAGGAUUGUCCAUUUGUCAAGAAUGGUUAUGAGAUAUAAAACAUCGCGCUACGCUCAAUAGAAACAUGUAAUCAUCUAAAUAAUUACCUACGAAUGAAGUGGCGCGUGUAACAAUGUGGCCAGGCACUGUAGAUUCAUGUUAUUGAUAUAUUGAGUAACUGUGUGUGUCUUACGUAUUUGGUUAAGGAAACCAUUGUUACCAGCCUUUUAAUUAAUUUAGUUUUAAUUUAGUGAGUUAAGCUAAUUUUAUUAAUUUAAUAUUAUUUACUGCAUAAUAGGAAAUAUUAACGGACACGGGUUGUCAAUGUUUUAUUUAUGGUUUCAUAAUAACUCAACACUUUUGGCCUAACAUUUUUCGGUAAAAAAUACAUACAAGUACAAUUAAAUUGCUUUUAAGCUUGAUAUUAACCAAUCAAAAUACCCAGUUACAUUAUGAAAGUACCUUUUUUAUAUACCACGACGGUGGUAAGCAAGCACACGACCCACCUGAUGGUACCUUACUGCCGGCAGCAUUUAGCCAUAUAAUGGUGUCAUGUAAUUUAAUGAAAUGAAUCAUUAUUGAUUUCCAUUUUAUUUACAUUCUUCUUGAUCUGUUUUAGAUUAGUAUAUAAUAAAAAAAUGAAGUAAAGACCCUUAUUGGUAUCUAUUAAAAUUCGGAAAAUUCGUUUACAAAAUGAGAUAUCUACUUCUACAAAAUAUAUAAAUAUUUUAAUAAAAUAAUUUCUUUAUACCUACUACAGGCAUUUUACAUUUUUAUAUAAAUUUAUAUGUAUACAUUACAUGUAUUUAAAACUUACUGCUUUAAAACUAUUUUCGUACUACUGACCACAAAAAAAAUCUAUAAUGUACCUAUUAUUUUUUUCUAUUUAUAUUUUACAUUAUUAGAAAAGAAAUAGAUUUAUGGACUGUCUUAACAAAAAUAAAGGUUUAUUAAUGUCGUAAA